UUACGUUUUCAUACACGUGAGUUAAUAAAAUUACAUUUGUGUUUUUAUGUGAGUGUGACUCUAGAAGCUAUGAAUGUAAACAUUCACGAGUACAACUCUGAUUUCUACGACUACGAAUUCUUUACUAUGAACACAAAUUCAAGUUUGUGGGUACGAGUAAAGAACAGUUGAAGUGACGUCACUGCCGUCCCAGGGCAGGUAAUCGAACCUCGAUUCCAACUAACGCGCAUGCGUCAAAGGUGAAAGAUGGCUAACAACAGACCUGAUGCUGCUAGCCUAGGCUCAGCGUGACAGGGACCACUGGCUACUCAGUUACUGCAGCGUCUGGAAUCAAGGAUCACUGACACGUUAAGUCAACCAUACUUUAAUUUGGACUACUUCCAGUACGUUGUAAAUCAGGAAGCCUUUAUUCUGACAUCUGCAUCUAGCAUUUUAAACAUCCCAGCUGAAAUUGUGGAGUGUCUUUUAUCCCUUCAAAGAAUGAUCCACGCAGCUCUUUCCCAAGAGAGUCCCUGUGUUUUUAUUAGAGAAGGAGGACGCGGCUGACCAAAAGUUUGUUUUUCUGAGGAGCUGCUGUCCCGGCUCAUUGACAUGCGCUUACCAGUGUCUUGUAUCGCCAACCUGCUGGGUGUCAGCCAAAGUACAAUUUUCCGGCGUAUGCAUGAACUCCGGUUGUCCACAAGAUUUACAUACAGCAGUUUAUCUGACAGUGAACUGGAUGAUGCUGUCAUCUUCAUAAAAACCAGGAUCCCAAACGCAGGAUACAGAAUGGUUAAAGGUUGUCUCCAAGCAAAUGGACAUAGAGUCCAGUGGAAUCGCAUCAAGGAGUCCAUGCACAGAGUUGACGCUCCAGGAAUUUUGGAAAGAAUGACACAGCUGGGUUGCAUCGUCAGGAGGACAUACUUCGUACAGCAGCCUUUGUCAUUAGUGCACGUGGACACUAACCAUAAGCUCAUAAGGUACAACAUCGUCAUAUUUGGAGCAAUAGAUGGUUACUCAAGAAAGAUACUGUAUCUGGAACCAGCAACAAAUAACUGCUCAAACACUGCCCUUUCAUUUUUCCUCAAGGCAGUGGAAACCUUUGGCUGGCCUUCCAGGGUCAGGGGCGAUGAAGGCGUUGAAAAUGUCGCAAUUGCUAAAACCAUGUUCUGUGUUAAAGGCACUGGAAGAGGGAGCUUCAUCGCUGGGCGAAGUGUACACAACCAAAGGAUUGAAUGCCUAUGGCGAGAUGUCUGGACCUCUGUCACUCAUCUGUACUAUUUAGUUCUUCACAGUCUAGAAGAAGAUGGCCUGUUGGAUUUGUCAGAUGCUGUCCAUCUGUUUUGUGCCCAUUAUGUGUUCCUUCCGCGUCUGGCAGAGGCCCAUCACACAUUCACAGAAGGUUGGGACAACAAUCCCUUACGAUCUGAAGGUGGACUCACCCCUAACCAACUCUGGGUUAUGGGUCACAUGCAGAACCCUUGUGACGCAGAUGAAGAUUUGCAGAACAUGGAGCUGUAUGGAACUGACUGGGAUAUGUUUGAUGGUGUGCCUGAAGAACCUUCUGGAGUUGAAGUCCCAGAAAUUGAGUGCCCGCUGACUCCAGCUAGUAUGGAAACUGUACAGUCCAUGAUCGAUCCCUCUGCAUAGUCAGAAUCAUUUGGCAGAGACAUUUAUAUAUCAAUGGUUCAGUGCAUUGAAAGUCUAUGUGUGACACAAAGAA